AUGUUUCAAACCGAACCAGCGACUCCAUCCUCGUCACUACAUCUCAACGAGAGGAUUGUCGGUGGCGUACGGUCACAAGUCGGUCAGUGGCCCUGGAUAGUUUCGCUGAUGUUCAGAGAAUCAUCCGAGGAAGUUCGCCAAAGAGUUGUGGAGGCAGGAGGAAAGCUAAUUAUCCACACCAAUCCGGAUGGUUCCCAAAUGUUCCACUUGUGUGCCGGUACCCUGAUUCACCCAGAAUGGAUCGUUACCACUGCCCACUGUUUCUUUCCUACUGAAGCGUAUGCUCACUUGUCGACCGACCCAGCCAGAUGGACUGCCCGCGUUGGUGAGUUCGACAUGCUGGACGAACAAGUGCCACAUUUUGACAUGAAUCUGGAACUGAUCUUCCCCCAUCCCGAAUACAAUGAAUUGGAGAAACAACUAUUCUGCAUGGUUAUUCUUUAUUUCACAGGCACGACGAUCGCAAACGAUAUCGCACUGAUCAAAUUAGCCGAGCAAGUUCAACUAGGUCCGAAUGUUAACAUUGCCUGUUUACCUAAAGCAAGCAACGGUGAUCUGCCCGGAGACUGUUGUAUCGCCGCCGGCUGGGGAUACACCCAGGAAGGUAGGCUUAUAAUGUGUUGUUACCAUCAAACUUGCCUCAAACGCAACCCGAGCCUUGCAGAUUCGUGCAUUGACUUCAUCUAUCACACUGCAAUUGCACCAGUACAACUUCCAAGAUACUUGAAACGCUUCAGAACUUCGAGUUCCUCUCCCUGGAUUUUUGAUUCCGGCGGUCCGCUGGUCUAUCAGGUUGACGGUCAGUGGUAUGCGAAUGCACUGACCUCAUUUGGCUGGGAAUGUGGGAAUCCAUCCACUCCCGGAGUGUACACAGAUGUGUCCGGCUACAUCACUUGGAUUCAGAGUCUCAUACCCGAUCUGGCAACCAAGCCGGACGGCUUCCGAUGA